GGUUGAAGCCCGCCAUCUUGGGGUGUGGUGCUCUCCGGCGAGAGGUCCAUAUUGCUCCUUCGCCUCCGGUGUCUCCCGGUGACCUGUAGGGGUGGAAGAUCGCUGGGAGGGCGCAGAAACGUCGGAAACUGGAAAUGGGGCUGGUGUCAUUUGAGGAUGUGUCUGUGGACUUCACAUGGGAGGAGUGGAAGUACCUCAGUGAUGGCCAGAAGAACCUCUACAGAGAAGUGAUGCUGGAGACCUACGAUAAUCUUCUGGCCUUGGGAUACUGCAGUACCAAACCUGCUGUGAUCUUCAAGUUGGAGCAAGGAUCUGGGCCAUGCAUGGUAGAAGACGCUCCAAGCCAGAGCUUCCCAGAUGUCCAGAAAGUAAAUGGUCUUAUUCAGACAAACCAGGAAAAUCAAGAGAAAUGUUUUUGGCAAGUUGUAGCCACAUCAGCUGAGGAGAAGGUUGAAUUGGAAAAACCAUUUAAUGUGAAUUCAAAUCAUGUUUCAGUUCUGAAUAUAAAGAAUGGAAACUAUUCAGGAGUGAAGCCUGAGGAACUUAACAUAUGGCAGAAUGUGCUUCUCCCUGGUGAUCCACAUGAGGUGCAGAUUGGAGAUGAGCCUGUUGAUCUUAAUGUAACUGGAAAAUCCUUCAGACAUCCUGAACACCUUGGUCUGCAUAAAAAAGUUCAAGAUAUGCAAAAGCAGUUUCAGUAUUUUGGACAUGAGAACGUCUACAGCAAGAAAGGGGUAUUGACACAUAAAAAGAUUCAUGUGGGAGAGACUUCCAGUAAGUUCAGGGAAUAUGAGAAAGACUUUGAUAGGUUAGCAUUUAUUUCCCAAGAGAUGACCCAAACAAGGGAGAAAUCAAUUGAAUAUGCCUGUCCUAAAGUGUUACUUAAAAAGGCUAAACUCAUUAACCAUGAGAAAAAACGAAAAGGACAGAAAUAUUCUGAACAUGGUUGUUUAGGAGAACCUUUCAUUAGCAAAUUAUAUGUUACAAAACAUCAGAGAACACAUGCAGGGGAAGAGCCCAAUAGAUGUAAUGAAUGUGAUAAAUUCUUCGGUGGAGAGACAGAACUAAAUAUGCAUCAGAGAAUCCACAGAGAAGCAAAACCCUAUGACAAUUAUGAACGUGGAAAAAACUUUAACCAGAAGCAAAACCUCAGCAGAUGUGGGAAAAUUCACACAGAUGAGAAGCCGCAUGAAUGUAACAUGUGUGAAAAAGCCUUUUACCGGAAGUCACAACUCAAUACACAUCAGAGAAUUCACACUGGUGAGAAACCCCAUGAAUGUAAAGAAUGUAGGAAAACCUUCUACCAUAAAUCAUCCCUCAUUAUACAUCAGAGAACUCACACAGGUGAGAGGCCUUAUGACUGUACAAAAUGUGGAAAAGCUUUCUACUGUAAGUCACACCUUAUGUUACAUCAGAGAACGCACACAGGUGAGAAACCAUUUAAAUGUGAAGAAUGUAGGAAAACUUUCAACUGUAAGCCACACCUUAUAGUACAUCAGAGAACUCACACAGGUGAGAAACCAUAUGAGUGUGAAGAAUGUAGGAAAACUUUCUACUCUAAGUCACACCUCAGGAAACAUCAGGGCAUUCACACAGGUGGGAAAUCAUAUGCAUGUGAAGAAUGCAGGAAAACUUUCUGUCGUAAGUCUGACCUCACUGAACAUAAGAGAACUCAUACAGGUGAGAAACCCUAUGAAUGUACCGUAUGUGGAAAAUCCUUUCACCGGAAAUCAAACCUUAGUACACACCAGAGAACACACAGAGAUGAUAAACCAUAUAAAUGUAAAGAGUGUGACAAAACAUUCAAUCGUAAAGCAGCCCUCACUGUACAUCAGGGAAUUCACACAGGAAACAAACCAUAUGCUUGUGAAGAAUGUAAGAAAACUUUCCUCCAUAAGUCAUCUCUCAUUGUGCAUCAUAGAAGUCACACAGGUGACAAACCUUAUGCAUGUGAAGAAUGUAGGAAGGCCUUCUACUGUAAGUCACAUCUCACUGUGCACCAGAGAACUCAUACAGGUGAGAAGCCCUAUGAGUGUCAAGAAUGUAAGAAAUCCUUUCACAAGAAGUCACACCUCAGCAGGCAUCAGUUAACACAUGAAACUGAGAAAGAAACUGAGAAACAAUUUGAAUGUAAACAGUGUGGGAAAUCUUUCUACCAUAAGGCAUCCCUCAUUAUACAUCAGAGAAUUCACACAGGUGAGAAACCAUAUGAGUGUGAAGAAUGUAGGAAAACUUUCUAUUCUAAGUCACACCUCAGGAGACAUCAGGGCAUUCACACAGGUGGGAAAUCAUAUGCAUGUGAAGAAUGCAGGAAAACUUUCUGUCGUAAGUCUGACCUCACUGAACAUAAGAGAACUCAUACAGGUGAGAAACCCUAUGAAUGUACCGUAUGUGGAAAAUCUUUUAACCGGAAAUCAAACCUUAGUACACACCAGAGAACACACAGAGGUGAUAAACCAUACGAAUGUAAAGAGUGUAACAAAACAUUCAAACAUAAGGCAGCCCUCACUGUACAUCAGGGAACUCACACAGGAAACAAACCCUAUGCAUGCAUGUGAAGAAUGUAAGGAAACUUUGCUCCAUGAGUCAUCUCUCAUUGUGCAUCAUAGAAGUCACACAGGUGACAAACCUUAUGCAUGUGAAGAGUGUAGGAAGGCUUUCUGCUGUAAGUCACAUCUCACUAUGCACCAGAGAACUCAUACAGGUGAGAAGCUCCAUGAGUGUCAAGAAUGUAAGAAAUCCUUUUACAAGAAGUCACACCUCAGCAGGCAUCAGUUAACACAUGAAACUGAGAAACAAUUUGAAUGUAUACUGUGGGAAAACUUUCUACCAUAAGGCAUCCCUCAUUAUACAUCA